CUUUCUUUCCCCGUCUCUCUUCCUCUCUCUCCAUCGCUCGUCCUCCGGUCCUCCCUGGAUUUCGUCGCCGGUCUACUGCGUGUCAAUUGAUUUUGCAGCGUGAUUUCUCGAAAUGGCGCAAAAUAAAUUCACUGAGAUGGCUUCGCAAUUCGGCAAGGGCGCGAAUGGAGUGCCGAUGGGUGUCAAGUUUCUCGCCGCUGCGGGCGUUGCGGCCUACGGCGUUUCUAAAGCCAUGUACACAGUGGAUGCCGGCCACAGAGCGAUCAUAUUCUCUCGUCUAGGAGGUAUCCAGAAGGAUAUCAUGACCGAGGGUUUGCACUUUCGCGUUCCGUGGUUUCAAUACCCGAUAAUUUACGACAUUAGGAGCAGACCCAGGAAGCUGUCCUCGCCCACGGGAUCCAAGGACUUGCAAAUGGUCAAUAUCUCGAUACGUGUUCUCUCGCGCCCCGAAGCCAGCAUGCUGCCUUCCAUGUAUCGGCAACUGGGCCUCGAUUAUGACGAGAAGGUGCUGCCAAGCAUUUGCAAUGAAGUGCUGAAGUCCGUUGUCGCUAAAUUCAACGCCUCGCAAUUGAUUACUCAAAGACAACAGGUGUCUAACAUGGUGCGUAAGGAAUUGACCGAACGUGCUCGGGACUUCAACAUUAUUCUGGAUGACGUCUCGAUAACGGAGCUUAGCUUCGGCAAGGAAUACACCGCCGCGGUCGAGGCAAAACAAGUGGCGCAGCAGGAGGCUCAACGUGCCGCAUUUGUUGUGGAAAGGGCCAAGCAGGAGCGACAACAGAAGAUCGUGCAAGCCGAAGGAGAGGCGGAGGCAGCCAAAAUGCUUGGCAUGGCUGUCGGCCAGAAUCCUGGAUAUCUGAAGCUGCGUAAAAUACGAGCCGCACAGAAUAUCUCGCGUACGAUCGCUACUUCCCAGAACAGAGUAUUCCUCAGUGGCAAUAGUCUGAUGCUAAAUAUUCAAGAUCCUUUGUUUGACGAGGGUUCGGAUAAGCUGAAAAAUCACUUGGGAGUGAGCUGGAAGAGCUGGGAUGAGGCGGCCGACCGCGCCGUCCGGAACUGGGGUGCCAGUUCCCAUCAGGCACUGCCGUAUGCCGAAAGGUCCGGCAUCAAGACACCAGAACCCUCCGUCGUCCCUUCCCUCCUGGAAUCGGCUGACGAUAGCGCUAAACUGAUAGUACCGUUACGAUAAAGAGAGAUUUUGCGACGCAACUUUGUCCCCCACCAAACGCGAAUCCCCUUUAUCCGUUGGUCUGUCAAAGGACAAUUGCGAUAUCUUGUUAGAGUUGUUUGUCCCGAUUAUAUUUUUCUGCAUUUUUCUACGUUGAAAAUAAAAUGUACAAAGGAGAGGAUAGACAAAACGCAUAUAAAUAGAUACACUAAGAUAAAUAUGUAUAAAAAAAACAAUUUUAAUUGUGAA